AUGACAAUAUCAAUGAAGGAACAAGAUCAGAUGCCAGGGGAAAUGGUUUUCCCCGAGGCGAAAUUAAAAGCACUAGAAGAAAAGAUAUCACAUCCAAGAUGGGUUGUACCUGUAUUGCCAGAGCAAGAGUUAGAAGCUCUUUUGAUUGCUGCUACAGAAUUGGCUGCAAGAGGUGAAGAUGUAAACAAUCUUGCGUGCCAGCAUUUCUACACAGAUUCAUUAACGGUGUCCUUUACGAAAAUUUUAACGGAUGAUGCAGUCUCAUCUUGGAAAAAUAAUAUUCAACAAUGUGUACGAUCGAACUGUGAAAAACUUGUGAAAUUAUGUGCUAUGAAAUUGGAUGACCCUAGAUUUCUGCAUCUGUUAUAUAUGGCCUUCAAUCCUAAUAACAAAUUUCAUACAUUCAAUGCAUCUAGAACUUGUGAAGGGUUAUCAGUAACAAACUCUACAACCGCAGGACAGGGCUCCACUCAGGAGACUGAAGUGUUUGCUAAAUCACAAGAUCUUCGAACACCUAGGGGGUGGCUGGUCCAUCUUAUAAAUGUAUUUGGUCAAGCUGGAGGUUUUGUUAAGCUUAGAGAAAGAUUUGAAACUAUUAUGGGCUUCAAGAAAUCAGAUCUCACAUCAUCAGCAAUAAGUGAAGAAAAAGUUAUGAAUGAAAUAACAGAGAAAGAAAACGAAGAAAAUAAAAGCAAUGUUACUGAAAGUAUCACAUCUUUACCUGAUAAUUUAGAGGGUUCUAUGACAAGGAGUGAACAGCCGUCAUCAUUGGAACAGUCAACAAGCGGUGAAACAUGUGUUAAUGCUGUUUGGCAACUUUUGAGACCUUUGGGUCUUUGUCAUGAACUUCUCACUCCACAUACUGUAACAGUUUACCUCUUACCAGUACUGGAAUGUAUCCCAACACUCCUGGAAAGUCUUACUGAUGAAGAAUUGAAAAGAGAGGCCCGAGGCAGCGAAAAUAAGACUGACACUGUGUCAUGCCUCAUCAGAGCCUGCAAGUGUGUUUCUUUAAAGACUCCUCAGCAUCACAGUUUACUUAAAUCCUUAGAAAUGUUUCGACUCAAGAUGAUCCUGCGACUGUUGCAAAUGUCUUCUUUCAAUGGAAAAAUGUCUGCGUUAAAUGAAAUUAAUCAGUUGAUAAGUUCGAUAUCACAACAACCAAAACCAGAAUGGCUUACUCCCACUGUCAUAACGAAUUGGAUACGUGAAAACAAAGUUGUAGAUAUAGUGUUGAGGGAUUCUCUACAUCAACCCCAGUAUGUGGAUAGAUUAGAAAAAAUGCUUAGGUUUAUGAUCAAAGAAAACUCUUUGACGAGGGACGACCUGGACGCCAUCUGGAGGGCGCAACACGGAAAACACGAGGCCAUAGUCAAGAACCUGCACGAUCUACUCGCGAAAUUAGCUUGGGACUUUACACCAGACCAACUCGAUCAUUUAUUUGAUUGUUUUAAGGCUAGUUGGGCGACAUCCAGUAAGAAACAGAGCGAUAAACUCUUGGAAGUAAUGCGAAGACUAGCAGAGGAUGAUAAAGAUGGCGUCAUGGCUAACAAAGUGCUGGUGCUCUUUUGGAAUUUGGCCCAUUCUGACGAAGUAUGCACGGAGAUUAUGGACGUGGCGUUAGCGAAUCUUAUCAAAAUACUUGACUACAGCUGCAGCCAAGAUCGUGAUGCACAAAAGAUACUGUGGCUUGAUAAGUGCGUGGAGGAGUUGAAAAGCAACGACAAGUGGGUACUGCCGGCGUUGAAGAUGAUGCGUGACAUCUGCUGUCUGUACGAGGCGGGGGGCGGCGCCGGCGGCCGGCCGCACGUGACGCGUCAAGAACUCAUUGACCGACUGCAGACACAACAUUCGCUUGUCAUACUCGUCACCGACUCACUGACGCACUAUAUGAACGUGGUGCGGACUAAGCUGGCCGGAGAGGGCUCAAUAGAUUGGGAGAAUUGGCUUCCAGACGGUCGCUACCCUCAUGCUGCUCAGGUUCACGAAAGGCUAAGUUUUCUACGGUUUUUGCUUAAGGAUGGGCAAUUAUGGCUUUGUGCGGAACAGGCAAAGCAAAUUUGGAUAUGCCUAGCCGAAAGACCUGCGCAUUUGGGGGACCGCGAAGCUUGUUUUCGUUGGUUUAGCAAAUUAAUGGGCGAGGAACCAGAUCUGGAUCCAAAUAUAAACUUGCAUUUUUUUCGAAGGAAUAUUAUGACACUAUCACCUAGCUUAUUAACUCAUUCCGGAAUCAAAUGCUUUGAGAGAUUUUUUAAAGCGGUAAAUUCAAAAGAAGGCAAGCUUAAGGCUAAACGUCGUAGUUUUCUAAUUAAUGACGCUGAUCUCAUAGGAUUAGACUAUUUAUGGAGAGUAAUAACAGAGUGUGACGACGAGAUAUCAGCGCGUGGUAUAGAGCUGCUGCGCGAGGUGUGCACUUGCACAGGCCCGCAGCUGUCGGCCGCCCACCACCACGAGGCCUUCCUCACACACUGCUGUGCGCGCACACAGAGACUGCAGAAAGAUAUGGAUACGCAAGAUGAUGUCUCCGAAUGUUGUACUAGAAUGUGUAGAGUUAUACGUGCCAUACAAGAAUAUAUAAACGAGUGUGAUAGAAGAUUUACUUCAGAGAGACAGAUACUGCCAGUGUAUAGGUCGGGAAGAGGCAGGCAGUGCACUAUUAUAGUAAGAUUUAACUUUCAAACUGGCCAAAGGCAAAUUGACGACAUAGAACUGUUUUCGCAUUCAAAUGAAACGCUACAUUCGCUUCGUACGGCGGUCCAGAGGAGGUUGAAGUGCGCUUCUGAAAAUAAUAUAAAAAUAGAAAUGUACAUAAAUAAAUUAGAACUAUAUGUGAAUGGGGAGCUCCUAGACACGAGUCACGAUCGUAAAAUACUCUCUCAAAUACCUCUAAGAGAUAAAACUGUGAUUAUUGCUAAGGUUUACGAUGGCCAAGUAUGCGGAAGUGGAGGCUGCGGUUCCUCAAACGAAUCGAGCAGUGAUUCUAGCAUCUCUUCCCCACCACUCCCUCCUACACCAGAACAUGCUCUUCCUGGCGUUAUUUUCGCUCAAGGCUCGUGGUAUUUACCUUUCAUUCUGGAGUUGGAGCAUGUCGGCAUUACAAAGGGACACGCCCCGCUAACAGAGGCCGCUCAUUUACUAUCGCAAAUAUGUCCUAGUCACAAACAAACUGUCGAAAAAUUAACUGAAGCUCUAUUAAGUCGCGAGGACACUAAGUUAAGGGAUAUGUUAUAUGGACCAGCCCCACCCACCGUUGCCUAUAAUGUUGAGGUCCUAUAUAGCAUGGUAAUGCCGUCGUCGGAGACUAGACUAGAAAGAAAUAGAAGUUUCCAGCUGGCCUGUGUAAAAAAAGCUCCCCUGUUAGUGCAGUGCUUAUCAGACAAUGAAUUUUUGAAGGAUGCUGCACCACACACGAGACGAGUCGGAUAUUUAGCUUUGGUGAGACUGGCGAAACUGGCUUUGUACACCUUGGGACAUUUGUUUGAAAUUCUUGCCCCAGAUGGUUCUGACACCUCUGUAGAUAAAGAAUUUAGGAUGGAUGUCACAAUAUUAAGAGAGGCUCUGCAAACUGUUCCGAAUCAUAACUGUGAGCUUGUUGUAAAGGCAAUUGCUGAAAAGCUGGCCAACAGCCUUGGAGAGCAGAUGGUAACUAGCAGUGAGGAAAGCGACUCUGUAUCUUCGUUGGUGUGGUGGCGCGUGCCCACUACGGCCACUGUUCGCGCCCUCUAUGGUCUCGCCUACUCUGUGGCACAACCUGAUCCAGACGGACUAGUGCAUUCCGAUGAUGUUAUAUUGGUUCGGGAAUGUAUGGAAGUAGUCACGAUUUGCAUGGCGCUAGGAGGGGGACACCUCGAAUCUCUUCUACAUGAAUCCUGGUGGCAGGACACCGCACUGUACUUAAUGAUCGACUGUCCCAAUCCUCAGGUCCGAGUGUCAUGCGCCGAGCAGCUAUUGUCGAUGUGUGCGUGGGGCGGUGGUGGAGGUGCGCGGGGGGCGCUGGCGGCGCUAGGCGGGGCUCGCGGGGCCGCCGCGCCGAGACUCACCACACACGCGAGGCACGCGCAGCAGUUCCUACAGCUGCUGUGUCGACUGGUGGCACUCGCGGGACCCACUGCCAGGACACUGGAGGAUCUCGCUAUUGAGGUGGAGUGGUUGCGUGCAGUCCGUGAUAAUCCCGCAACAUUAGACGACACUUUAUUGGAAGGUCAUCUAAAUCUUACCAAAGAAUUAUUCACCCACGUUCCGGCUCAGGUGAAGUUCCAAUACGGGGCACAUCCGGACCACAAAGACUCGGGAUUGAUUAGGGAAGUGACGACCGAGUUCCUGUGGCCAUAUUCGUGGGCGUGGUGCCAUAUGGGGAACGAAAUGUCUGGCGAUGAGGAGGGAACUAGCGAGGAAGAGUGUGAGGGUGUGGCGCCACUGUGUCGUACACCCGGCGCCGCAGCCGCUGCAACAGAUCUACUGCUGGCUCUAGUACAUGCUUGCGUUCCUAACAUGGCUGCGCUUGCAAACUUACUUGAACAGAUGUUCUACAGUGAUAAAAACAUGGGUCUAUCCGAGUGGGAGUACAUGCCGUGUGUGGGUCCGCGGCCGCCGGCCGGCCUUGUCGGUCUGAAGAACGCGGGCGCCACGUGUUACAUGAACUCUGUGCUACAACAACUGUACUGCGUGCGAGCCGUGCGGGACGUGCUUCUCACAGUACAAGGGGCUGCUACUGACCCAAAUGAAGAUUUUUCCGGUGAAACGCAUCUUCACAGUAUUUUGGAAAAUAGCACAGAGAAUAACACCGACUAUAAUAUCACUAUACUUAAACAAGUACAAGCCAUAUUUGCCCACUUACAUUACAGCAAACUUCAGUAUUAUGUACCCAGGGGACUAUGGGCACACUUCAGGUUACAAGGAGAACCUGUGAAUUUACGUGAACAGCAAGAUGCUGUGGAGUUUUUUAUGUCUCUGGUGGAAUCACUCGACGAGGCUUUAAAGUCGUUGGGACAAGAACAACUUAUGGCGAAAACCAUGGGAGGAACAUACUCCGAUCAGAAAAUUUGUAAGGGAUGUCCACACAGGUAUUGCAAGGAAGAACCAUUCAGUGUAGUUUCCCUGGACAUAAGAAAUAUGUCGCGCUUACAAGAAUCUCUUGAAGCGUACGUUAGAGGAGAGCUUCUGGAAGGUGCCGAUGCCUAUUACUGCGAUAAGUGUAACAAGAAGGUUGUAACAGUGAAACGUCUGUGUCUCAACAAAUUACCGCCGGUCCUAGUCAUACAGCUGAAGAGAUUCGAAUACGACUUCGAGAAAGUUUGUGCAAUAAAAUUCAACGAUUACUUUGAAUUUCCGCGGGAGUUGGACGUAGAGCCCUACACCGCGUGGGGUCUAGCACGAGCGGAGGGCGACGCGUCCCUGUGGGAGGGAGGGGAACGUACCGAGACUCACUACCAGCUCAGCGGGAUAGUGGUGCACUCCGGACAGGCCUCUGGUGGACACUACUAUUCAUAUGUACUACUUAGAGAUAACGCGGGUGACGCUGGUCGGUGGGUGAAGCUGGAUGACGGUGAAGUGUCAGAGUGCGCCAUGCAUGAUGACGAUGAGAUGAAGGCUCAGUGCUUCGGAGGAGAAUACAUGGGAGAGGUAUUUGAUGCAAAUAUAAAGAGGGUGUCAUAUAAGAGACAGAAGAGAUGGUGGAACGCUUACAUGCUAUUCUACACACGAAAGGACAUGAUUGAUACAUCCGGUCUCGAGAGAAUCAUGCAAAACAUAACACUAAAGGAAAGUGCCAUACCCAAACCUAUCUGGAAUUCGGUUCGUCGCAGUAAUAUCGCUUUCUCACACAACCAGGACCAGUUCAGUUUGGAACAUUUUAAUUUCAUGAAGAAGCUAUGUUGUAUGCGCAUGCAAGUGUUACCCGGCUCACAGAGCGCGGUAUGGGGCCCAGAACACGAGGAAAUGUCGAUGUUAGCUGUACAGUUGGCAGCUAAAUUCUUGUUCCAAGUUGGUUUCCAUACAAAGAAAACAUUACGUGGACCCGCUGCGGACUGGCAAGACAUACUCUGUCAGCAUCUCAGAUGUUCUCAGGCUGUCAGAACUUGGUUUGCGACCGACCUGUUCAAACAUUCUCACAGGUUAUGUGACUACUUACUGUCCUGUCCAUCGGCUGAAGUAAGAGUUGUAUUUAUGAAAAUCAUCGUGUUUUUGGCUCAUUUCUCCAUACAGGACUCGCCAGUGAGCAGCGGCUACGGGUCGUGGUGUUCCCGCGAGGAGGCCACCUCUCUAUCAGACCAGGUGAUAUGUGCUGCUCGUGCGUUAGCGGCGCCUCACACACACGCACACGACCACCGACACCUGCCGCUGCUGUUCAACCUGUUCCACGCGUACGCUAUGCUGGGCUUGGGCGAGAGACACCAGCUACUUAGGCUCAAAAUCCUCGACAUAGUACUAACAGUCUGUUUGGAAGACUCGUCCUCGUCGCUUGGAAAAUAUCAGUAUCCGGAAUCUGCUAAAAUACAUCAGGUGGUGUGCGCAUUGGUCCGUUGUUGCGACGUGAGCGCUCGUUGUCAGUCAGCAAACGCCAGCGAGGGCGUUUUGCCACUGGCCAAUCCGUACGCGGACGCGGCGCACGCGCACUCACCGCGACCCGCACUGUCCGCAGCCGCCGCUGACGUGCUCUACAACCGCACCGGGUCUUACAUGAAGAAACUAACUGAGGAGUGCUGCGGAUGUGAAGAGGGUAUCCGACUGCUUCAAUUCAUGUGCUGGGAGCAUGCUGGCUGGUCUCGCAUGGCGCUGGCCGAGUUGCUGUGGCAGAUGGCUUACGCGUUCUGCCAUGAACUACGGAGACACGCGGACGCACUCACCGCACUCCUGCUAAUGGAAGAUAGUUGGCAGCAUCACAGGAUACAUAACGCUAUCAAGGGUGUGUCAGAGGAGCGACCUGGGCUUCUUGAGACAGCUUUGCGCGCGCGCAGUCAUUACCAGAAACGAGCGUAUGCUUGUGUGAAGUUGGUUGUAGGAGUGAUGUGUCGCACUCCGCUCGCCGUACGAGCUGUGCACGGACAGCCCGACGCACGACGACGAUGGAGACAGCUUCUAGCGUGGUUACAGGACGAGCUGGAACGCGUGAGUACAUCGAAGUAUGGAUCCGGUGGUUACGGGUCAUACGGUACUUGGUCUCCCCCCAGCCUGUCCAACGAAACGUCAAGUGGAUAUUUCCUCGAGCGCAGUAACUCUGCAAGAAAGACUCUCGAAAAGGCCUAUCAACUCUGUCCGGAAGAGGAGGAAGAAGAAGAGGAGUCGCGAGACGCCGGCUCGGGCUCGGGCUCCGGCGAGGCUGGUGACGACAGCGGCGACGAUGAUGCUCCCGACGACGAGGAGCCCGCGCCGCGCAGACUACAGCUGGCGCCCCCCGCCCCGCCGGCGCCGCCAGCCCCGCCCGCUCCUCCUGCGCCGCCCGCCGGCCUGUGA